UCGACCUUCAUAGCUGCCCCAUCCUCAGCGUCACCUCGGCCUCUCUGCCAUCCGCCUGCUCCUCGGCUCGCUGCCCAUCUGUCUGCCCACCGCCGCGCGAACACCCCCCCCGCAGCCAUGUCCUCCUCAAAGUCCAAGAAGACUCUGCACUACGAUGACAGCGACGAUAUCGACUACUCCGACAUUGUCCAGAAGUACGAGGUCGACUACCCAUCCGGCUACGACUCGGUCAUCGUUGUCGAUAACCUGCCCAUCGUCAAUGAGGCCAAGGAGGAGAAGCUGAUCGCUGCCGUCAAGAAGAUCUUUGUCAACUUUGGCACCGUCAAGGAUGGCGGCGUCUUCAUGCCCAUGGAUCCCGAAACUGGCGAGAGCAAAGGAUACAUGUUCCUUGAUUUUGAAACCCCCGAGCAGGCUGAUCUCGCUGUCAAGCACGGCGAUGGCCACAAGAUGACCAAGACCCACAUCCUCGCUGUCAACAAGCUCGAUGACAUUGAAGCCUGCCGCUCGGUUCCUGACGAGUUCCAGGCCCCGGAGUCUGCCGAAUACGUUGAGAAGGAGCAUCUCAAGUCCUGGCUCACUGAUCCUCGUGCCCGCGACCAGUGGGUCGUUAUGCGUGGCGACGAAGUCAGCAUCUUCUGGAACAACAAGUCGCAAGAUCCCGAGCUCGUCUACUCCCGUCCUAACUGGUCCGACAUGUAUCUGAGCUGGUCGCCCAAGGGCAACUAUCUGGCCACCUUCCACAAGCAGGGCAUUGUUCUCUGGGGUGGCCCAAGCUGGAACAAGAUCAUCCGAUUCGUCCACCAAAACGUCAAGCUCAUCGACUUCAGUCCCAACGAGAAGUAUCUCGUCACCUGGAGCAAUGAGUCCUUCACCACCCCCACCGGCGAGCUCCACAACAUCAUUGUCUGGGAUAUCGUUUCUGGCCUCCAACUCCGAACCUUUGCCGUUGACCCCGCCAGCGUCGCCUCGGCCGAGCGCUCCCAGACCGGCGGCUCCUCCUUCCGCAUCGACUGGCCGGUCUUCAAGUGGUCGCAUGACGACAAGUACCUGGCCCGCAUGACCCCCGGUGUCCAAGGCCUGAUCUCCAUCUACGAAACCCCCGGCAUGGGCCUGCUCGACAAAAAGUCCAUCAAGAUCGAGAACCUCCAGGGCUUUGCCUGGUGUCCGAACCAGAACAUCAUCAGCUUCUGGAUCUCUGAGAGCGGCAACACCCCGGCUCGUGUCACGGUCAUGUCCAUCCCCAACCGCGAGAUUCUCCGCACCAAGAACUUGUUCAACGUCACUGAUUGCAAGAUGCACUGGCAGUCGUCGGGCGACUAUCUUCUCGUCAAGGUCGAUCGUAUGAAGACCAAGAAGCAGUCCAGCACCAACUUUGAAAUCUUCCGCAUGGCCGAAAAGGGUAUCCCUGUCGACGUCCUUGAGAUCUCCAACCCGAACGAAUCCAUCACCAGCAUCAACUGGGAGCCCAAUGGUUCUCGCUUUGCUGUCCUCUCCACCGAGGGUCAGAAGAUCAUGGCCCACUUUUAUGAGAUGCAGACCAUCCAAGCCCAGGCUGCGGCCAAGAAGAGUAACACUGCCAUCACCGCCGGCUCCACUGCCAGCAUCAAGUUGCUCAAGUCCAUGGAGCGCAAGGGUGUCAACCAGAUCCACUGGUCUCCCAAGGGCCGAUACUGCGUGUUGGCUGGCAUCAAGCUCGGCAACGGCGACCUUGAGUUCUGGGACGUUGAGGAUCUGGUGAUGAUGAACCACGGCGAGCACUACGCCUGCACCGACGUCGAGUGGGAUCCUACCGGCCGUUUCGUCGCCACCUCUGUCUCUUGGUGGAGAAUCCAGGUCGACACUGGCUUUGUCAUCUGGAGCUUCACCGGCGAGCAGCUCAACAAGCAGAACAUGCCUGUCUUCAAGCAGCUCCUCUGGCGCCCGCGCCCUCCGACGCUCCUGUCCAAGGAGCAGCAGAAGGCCAUCCGCAAGGAUCUCAAGAGCUACUCCAAGGACUUUGAGAAGGACGACGUGGCCCAGGAGACCGAGGUCAACCGGGACCUGCUCGACCGCCGCAUCCGCAUGUGGAAUGACUGGCAGUCCUUCCGCCGCCGUGGACAGGACGAGUACCGCAAGCAGCUCCGAAAACGAAUCGAAAUCUACGGCUUCGACCCCGAUGUCCGAAACGACGAUGAUGCCGAAGACCUCGAGGAGUGGAUCGAGGAGGUCAUCGAGGAGACCGAGGAACUUGUUUUGGAUGACUAAAUGCUGAGCGAGUGGGCGAGAGAGAUCACGGGUGUCGGCUGGCAGAUGGGGUAGGGAACGAGUAGGAGGGGAUUGAAUGCGUGUUUAUGUUGUCGCUAUCAUUCGCAUGUGAAUACACCAUCUCACUUUGCAGUCCGGAUUGCGAGGAGGCGAGGAGGCGAGGAGGAGAGGAGGUGAGGAGGCGACAG